UCACGAGAUAAACAGUCGCAGGAGCUUCCGCAUGAAACUUAGUCAGGAACCGAGACAAGACGAACAACGGUCUGAGUGAAAUCCUCCAAAAUGGGUCACUGUGUUCUUCUCACUUUAGCGGCUUUGUUCACCGUCGCAUCCACACAGUUCAUCCCACCGUAUACUGAAGACUGUCGAGCACAAAUGUAUCCACCAAACGGUCCUACGUUCAAGGGAGGAGUCAGCUGGUACACGGUGGACCUCGAAUUGCCGCCCAGCAAGAGAUGGUCAGCUGUGAUUACUGACAAGAAAACAGAACUGGUCAACAUGGUUCAGGCCAUCAGAGACUUGGCCAACGCGUUUGUGCCCAGUGGGAAGCUGAUCGAGCUCGUCGACAUCACGCUGCCUCUCAUGGUGGACACUCUCCCAAGCCCUUUUGGUGAGGAAAUCAAAGGAAUUGCAGCUGUUUCAGGAAUUCCUCUCGGUGAAGUCGUUUUGUUCAACAUCUUCUACGAGGUGUUCACUGUGUGCACGUCAGUUGUUGCAGAAGACGAUAAGGGUAACCUUUUUCAUGGUAGAAAUUUGGAUUUUGGAUUAUUCAUGGGCUGGGAUGUGAAAAACAAGUCGUGGAUCAUUAGUGAGAAGCUGAAGCCUCUGGUGGUCAACCUCGACUUCAAGAAAAAUAACCAGACCGUCUUCAAGUCUACAAACUUCGCUGGAUAUGUUGGCAUGCUGACUGGCAUCAAACCUCACAUGUUCACUCUGACGAUGAACGAACGCUUCAGUCUGGACGGAGGAUACAUCGGAAUCCUGGAGUGGAUCUUGGGAAAGAGAGACGGCAUGUGGAUGAGCUUUCUCACCCGCUCUGUCCUAGAAAAUGCAAACAGCUACGAGGAGGCCAAAAUCCGCCUGGCUCAGACCAAGCUGCUGGCUCCGGCCUACUUCAUCCUCGGAGGAAACCAGACGGGCCAGGGCUGCAUCAUCACCAGGUCCAGGCUGCUCAGUCUUGAUAUCUUGGAGAUUGACCUGAAGCUGGACCGCUGGUACGUCCUGGAGACAAACUACGAUCACUGGAAGGAGCCUUUGUUCCUGGAUGAUCGCAGAACUCCUGCCAAGAAGUGUAUGAACCAGACUUCACAGAAAAACAUCUCACUGAAGACCAUGUACGACGUGCUCUCAACCAAACCGGUUCUCAACAAGUUGACGACAUACACAACGUUGAUGCAAGUGUCUGAGGGAACCCUGGAGUCGUACAUCCGCGACUGCCCGAACCCCUGCAUGCCUUGGUAGAGGCCCGACCUGCUGAACCCUGAUCAGUUCGUGAAUGCAUAUCUGCUGAGAAUCUGCGACGGAGACGAGAGUACACGGAGUUUGGAGCAAAACUUGUUCCUUUAAAUGUUUGCACAAGUGAUUAAUCAACUGAACCAAAGUUUGUCUCAACAGUGAUGUCAUUUUUACAUUGUUUGUUUAAGGAAUACUUUGAUGAAAAUACUAAAUCCUACUUGUUUUUCUGUUGUGAGGGCUAUCGGUACAAAAGUAAAUCUUCGACUGUAAUUAUGUGUAUAAUUUGCAUGAUGAGUCUAUCAGUGGAGCUCGCCCCGGGCACAGGGACCCCUGAGAUGAAUGCACUUGUAAAACUUAGUGUAAUUUAUUUACCUUUUAUGUUAAAAUCUCAAAUCCAGCUCACACUCACCACUUUGUGCCUCCACACUGUGGCCCUGUCUGUUUUUUUAGCACUUACUUUUGUAGUCCUGUGUUGUUAACAGCUAAGAUGUCUGUGUCACCUCAUUGACUGACCACCUCGUGCAGUGAUACUGUUAAAUGUACCUCAUCGCUGGCCACUCCCUUAUUUUUAAUGAUAGUUAAAUAAACCAUUAUCAAAUUUAA